AUGUCAAAACCAAAGUAUAUUUACUUUCACCUGAGGAGCAGAGGAGAGUUGCCUCGUCUCGUGGCUGCUGUGGGCGGCUUGGAAUAUGAGGAGGAACGAGUUAAAUUUUCAGAAUGGCCUGGUCUCAAAAGUAAGACACCAUACGGGCAGUUACCUGUGCUUAUAGUGGAUGGCAAAUGGUAUGCUCAGAAGCUGGCAAUUAGUCUGUUCUUUGCUAGGCAAGUUGGUAUGUAUAUUUGUUAA